AUGUCUCAAAAUCAAUUUGAUCAAAGUAAUAACAAUAAGGUUGAAGGUUCAUCUCGCCUUGAAAUUCAAAAACGUCUUCAAGAACGUUUAAAAUCUAGAACUGAUACCACCAGCAGAUCAACACCAAGAACCUUUCAACAAUUACCCGAUUAUUUAAAACAAGUUUUGCCUGAUAACUAUACAUAUAUCAUUAAAUCUUAUAAAGAAAUAGAACUUGAAACCUUUGCCGGUGCUCCAACUGCGGCUUUUGAUUCAACCUUUUAUAUAAAUAUUUCCAGCAUCGAAGCAAUUGAACAAUGGAAAGCCGCAUUUCAUGCCAAAACCGGUACCAUAUUUCGUAUCACUAGAGCUGAUAAAGUUAAAGGAAUCAAAGUUAUUUAUCAUAAAGAUUUCCAUUGUCGACAUGCAGACAUAGCUGCAAUCAAAUACAUGCAAAAAACUUAUGCACAAAAGGUUGGUCAACGUCGCAAUAGAAACACCAAUUGCCAAUGUUUGGCUAAAAUUCGUCUUGAAAAAAGCCAAAGUGGCGGCGACAUAGAUUUAAAUUCAACAAAUAAUAUAAUGCUAACAAAUAUUCCUAAUACUCCUUCGAACGCAUCUACUUCAAGUGAUGAAAGUGGAAGCAAUACUCCUCAAUGUAAUUUGGAAUUUGAAUUUGAAUCAAGAGAUAUUCUUAAAACAAAAGCUCAUGCACUAGCUGAAAUUAUGAACGAUGCAAUAGUUUUAUUAGAACCAAUUGAACAUGCAACAAAAUUGUUGUCAGCUUCAUCUUAUUCCACACAUGAUCUGGAAACACAUUAUAAUGAUGAUGAAUUUACUCAACCAAUGAUUGCAAAUAGCAUUCACCAUAAAUUAGAAGAAUAUUGGCCAUUUUUGGAUAUUACCUCACAAAUUUCUUCAAUUUUAGAUCCUCGUUGCAAACUAUCAGCUUUCAAAGAUGAUGAAAAAGAAAAUCACAUGUUGGUGUUUACAGAAUUUACAGAAUAA